AUGCGCAGAUUCUCUACUGUGUUCAAGAAGAAGGACGAGUCCAAGGCCAAGGAGAAUGGCCAGAUCAGCGAAAAGGCCAAUGGCAAGCGACACUCCAAGACCAUCUCUACCUCUCAGCCGCCGCCGGAACCAGAAGAUCAUAGUAAGGCCCGGGGUGAAGUGUCUGCUAUCUUUGAGAGAUACGCGCAAGUGAUUCAUGCAUCUCGACGUCCAUUGCCUACUCAGAGCGGAGAUGGCACCUACUUAGAACAUGGCCAUGACCACUCGACGAGUCUUUUCUCCGAUCUUCGAUCAUUGGGAUUCAAGGAUUAUGGCACUCUUGUCGAGGUCAUGAAGAACAAGGCCUCUGGAGAAUAUGUGGACGACAAGACCAUGCUGAUGGAACGGAUUAUCCAGCUCGUCAGCGGACUUCCAUCCAAUUCAAAGAACAGAGCAGAGCUCACCAAUGCGUUUCUCGACGAGCUCUGGGAUUCCCUUCCACACCCACCUCUGUCAUUUGUCGGACCGAAAUUUGAAUAUCGAUCUGCGGAUGGAUCAUGGAAUAAUCCAACAAUUCCAUGGCUGGGAGCUGCCAACACUGAAUACUCCCGGUCAAUUGCACCGCUGACUAUUCAACCAGGCGGUCUCCCAGACGCAGGUCUCGUAUUUGAUAGUAUCAUGGCCAGAGAGCAAUUUACACCUCACCCGAACAAAGUGUCAAGUGUCUUCUUUGCCUGGGCGUCGCUUAUCAUUCACGACAUUUUCCAGACGGAUUACAGAAACCCCCAUAUCUCUCAGACGUCCGCAUACUUGGAUUUGUCCAUCCUUUACGGUGACAACCAAGAAGACCAGAACCAAAUACGUACCUUCAAGGAUGGAAAGCUCAAACCUGACUCCUUCUCGGAGCCUCGUCUUCUGGCAUUCCCUGCCAUGUGCAAUGUCCUCAUGGUUAUGUUGAACAGAUUCCACAACAAAGUCGUCGAGCAGCUGGCGCUCAUCAACGAGAACGGCAGAUUCAACAAACCUCGACCUGGCCUUUCGCCUGAGCAAACAGAAGCGGCAUGGAAGAAGUACGAUGAAGAUCUUUUCCAGACUGGUAGAUUGAUCACCUGCGGCUUGUACAUUAAUAUCACGCUGUACGACUACUUGCGCACAAUUGUCAACCUUAACCGGACCAACAGUACAUGGUGCUUGGAUCCCCGUACCAGAAUGCAGGGCACUCAUGCCACUCCCGCCGGUCUUGGAAACCAAUGUUCUGUGGAAUUCAACCUCGCCUACCGCUGGCACUCGGCCACCAGUGCAAAGGAUGAGAAAUGGACAGAAGAAGUGUACAGGGAGAUGUUCGGUAAACCUGCGGAAGAAAUCUCCAUGGUUGAGCUGCUCAUGGGUCUUCACAAAUACGAGCAGAGCAUUGACAAGGACCCUUCGAAGCGUACUUUUGCCAACCUUCAACGUCAGGCUGACGGGACCUUCAAAGACGACGACCUUGUUCAGAUCAUGACUAGUGCUGUUGAAGAUGUCGCCGGAUCUUUUGGUGCUCGGAACGUGCCCAAGGUUAUGCGGUCAAUUGAAAUCUUGGGUAUUGAGCAAGCCCGUAAAUGGAAUGUCGGUUCCUUGAACGAGUUCCGCAAGUUCUUCAACUUGAAACCUUAUGAGACCUUUGAGGAGAUCAACUCGGACCCAUACGUUGCCGACCAACUCCGUCACCUCUAUGAGCAUCCUGACUAUGUUGAACUCUAUCCCGGUAUCGUCGCUGAGGAAGCUAAAGAGCCUAUGGCACCUGGUGUAGGUAUCGCGCCUACCUAUACCAUAUCCCGCGCAGUGCUGUCUGAUGCUGUCGCCCUCGUCCGCGGAGACCGUUUCUAUACUACCGAUCAAACUCCCAGAAACCUCACAAACUGGGGAUGGCAGGAAAGUGGCCAUGACCUGAAUAUCAACCAAGGCUGCGUAUUCUAUAAGCUUGCUUUCCGCGCAUUCCCCAAUCAUUUCAAGUCAGACUCCAUUUACGCACACUAUCCAAUGACCAUCCCAGAGGAGAACAAGGUCAUCAUGAAGAACCUGGGACGUGAAGCUGACUACAGCUGGGACCGACCCAUAUUCAAUGCUCCUCGUGUUGAACUAAAGACAUACCAAGCCGCGAAGGCCGUCCUCGAUGAUACUCGCAACUUCCGCAUUGCUUGGGGCGAUGCCAGUGCUUCGGUGUUUGGGGAGAAGACGGGUUUCGACUAUAUGCUUUCUGGAGACACCCCUUUCCACAACCAGCAGCGGGAACUCCUCGAGAGAGCCCUGUACCAGGAAGGAUGGGCAUUUCGUCUCAAGGAAUUUUAUGAGCAGAUAACCCUACGGUUGCUUCACGACAAGUCUUAUACGCUUGCCGGUACCAAGCAGGUUGAUAUCACUCGGGACGUUGGAAACCUCGCCUCGGUACACUUCGCCGCGCAUGUUUUCGGCCUACCAUUGAAGACCAAGGGCAACCCACGAGGAACAUUCACUGAGCAUGAGCUAUACAUGGCAAAUGCGGUCAUUUUCCAAGCCGUUUUCUUCGACUACGACUUGAUGCGCUCUUAUCCCCUGCGCCAGGCUGCUCGUGCAGUCGCUAAGAAGAUUGGAGAGAUGGUCGAACUCAAUGUCAAGUCUCUUGGCUCAAAUGGCAUCAUUUCUCAUUUCAUUGAUGGCUUGCGCAAGCAAGACAAUCCUUUGUCUGAAUAUAGUGAGAAUGUGGUGAAGAAGUUGCUCGACAGUGGACUCAAUGCACAUGAAGUCACCUGGACUCAGAUCCUGCCAGCCGUUGUUUCUAUGGUGCCAAAGUUGGGUCAAGGGUUCACUCAAGUUCUCGACUUCUAUCUCUCCGACGACGGAAAGGCCUAUUUGCCCGAGAUCAGCCGCCUGGCAAAGUUGAACACACCCGAGUCCGAUGAAGCGCUCACCCGCUAUGUUCUUGAAGCUCUCCGCUUGAAUGGCACUUACGGUGCCUACCGCGAAGCUCAGAGAGAUGUCACCAUCGACGACGGCGGUGAGGAAAUCCACGUAAACAAGGGUUCCAAAGUAUUUGCCAGCUUUAUCAGCGCCUCGUGCGACCCCGUGGUUUUCCCUGAACCUGAAAAGGUUCUUCUGGAUCGUCCCUUGGACUCGUACGCCCACUAUGGUGUUGGACCUCACUCUUGCCUCGGUCAAGAUGCUAGCUGUAUUGCAUUGGCUUCCAUGCUUCGCGUCGUUGGUCGUCUGGAUAAUCUCCGUCGUGCUCGUGGUACUCAGGGUCUGUUGAAGAAGGUCCCUCGCGAAGGUGGUUCUUACCACUACCUCAGAGAAGAUGGCGGCAGCUUCACUCCUUUCCCAGCUACAUUCAAAGUCGAAUGGGACAGCGAACUCCCGGCAUUGAAGAAUCGUGGAACCUGGUGA